AUGUACCUUCCGCACGAGAUCAACCGCAUCAAGGACCAGCGACGGCUGCGGCAACGUGGCAUCGCCGAGCCUUCUGAUUUGAGUUUCGGUGAUGGAGAUCUUGAUUAUGAGGAGAAGUCUUCAUUAGGAGCCACUGGAGAUGCGGAGGCCGACCAUGUUGAGGAUGAAGACGGGGUCACGAUCGAGCCGUUCCACAUGCGUCGCGAGAUGGAGGAGGGGGCGUUCGACACGGCGGGGACUUACCUCGAAAACAACCGGAAGAUGACCUCGACAAACAAGUCCCUCAACCGGGACGAGGGCGACGACCCUUGGGUUGCAUCCCUCGAGGAGCAAAAUUCGCUGUCCUUUAAGAGUGAAAAUAGUGCGUUUUACGCAAAGCAACCGGUCCGCGCCUCUGCGUCGAGUCCCGACUUGAUGGAGCAGCUGCAGGACGUCCCUACAAUUGAUAUUAUCAAGAGACUUAUCGCGUUGCUGGAACCUGGAGAGACCCCUGUGGAUGCGCUGAAGGUUAAGCGCCAGCGAUCUGGGAAGCGUUGCCUGCCCGGAUUCCGUAAACAGGAGCGGAAUGCGACGGAUGCCAGCCAGGGCGCCGACACCAAGGACAAGAAAGGGGCAGGGCCCAACGAUCUCAGCAAGUACGACGUAUCUGACCUUGCGCACGUGCUCACCAUAAUCUGGCAGAACGUGUACUACAUGACGAAGGAAGACAUCCGUAACUCGCUUGCUGCGGCGAAAAACCGGCCCAAGCGCGGAGGUAAAUCGGCUCCCCCUACCCGAUACCAGUUCCGGUGGGUGCGCGGAGAUGGCACAAUAUACGGCCCGUGUUCUGAAGUCGAGAUCCUCUCCUGGAUCGCACAUGACUACAUUUCAGAUGACAACCCUGUUGAGCUAAGGGAGGUUGGGCCGGACGCCACGCCAUUGGAUGAGGCGUGGAUCGGGUACAGGAAAACGGCCCUUUACAACUUCCUAAAUCCUGAGCGUGAGCUACCUGGGGGCGUUAAAGGCGAACGGUCUGCUGUCAACCGAACCACCUCUGUGUCCGACGCCGCCGGUAAGGAUGAAUCAGGCGAUAACGCGGACAAUAGCGCCGCUUCGGGAGGAGUAUCACAUUCUACUCACUGCGUAGGUGAGCCAUCCAGCUCGGGCAUCAACGAGGAAGAGAGCGAUGACGAGGACGACGAUGGCACAUUUGCCAAACGACGCCGAAAAGACGAACUGAUCGGUUUGAAACCGAAAACCAAGAAGGUAGAUGAUGAUUCUGGAGCAUCUGACGACGAUGACGAGCCGGACAUCGAAUGA